UCAAGAGAGAAAGCACUGUUGAAAGAUAAAGCUGUUUUAAACCAUCGUGAUAAGAGAUUACCUUAAUCACUAUUCUUAUCGCCUCAACCUGAUCACUAUUAUGAUUCAGGUGUAGGUGAAUGUUUUAAUGCCCGAAAUUUCAAUGGAAUUGGCAUUAAAGAUUUCGAUUUGGAUGAUCAUCAAACGUUCUCUUUGAAUGUGACAUUUUCCCACGUGUUUGAUAAUCCUUUUCGCGCAUGCUAUUUCAAAGUUUUUUGCUUUUCCCCUAGUGAUCAAUCAACCAAGCAAACGAGUGUUGGGUCAAAUAACGGUUUCCAUGGAAACGCUUCUAAACACCUCGUCCAGAUACAACGAUUUUCGCAGCUGAUUUCAAAGUUUUGUGAAACUAUGGUUAGAAUUACGGAACAGUUGAUACGUAAAAAAUCGGAGCACAAUGAGCUGAUUAUCGGUACGCUCGAGGAACUGUCUUUGCACCAGGAAGAUAUCGAACGCAUCGAGCACAUUGGCCAUUGGUGUCGCGAUCUUAAGAUACUUCUUUUGCAAUCAAAUCUUAUCCCAAAAUUGGAGAACUUAAAUCGAUUAAAAAAACUCGAAUAUCUAAAUGUGGCCAUCAACAAUAUCGAACGUAUCGAAAACCUGGAAGCACUCGAGGCACUACGGAAGCUCGAUCUAACACUCAACUUUAUCGGCGAGCUGACAAGUGUUGAAAGUCUUCAGGGUAACUACUGUUUGCGGGAGCUUUUCCUCACCGGAAAUCCUUGCACGGAUUUUCCGGGGUAUCGAGAGUAUGUCAUAACGGCGUUGCCUCAGCUGGAGCAACUGGAUGGACAAGAAAUUACACGCAGUGAUCGUUUACGUGCCGGAAGAAACUUCUCUUCGCUGCGUGAACAAAUUGUACAGCACGAAGCGUUAUAUAAAAUUGAACGCGAUGAGCAGCGGGUUCGAGUGCAACAGACAAUUGCAGAACAGGAAGAGAGUGUGCGCGAUUUGCCAGACGACGAUGAGCGAAAGACAAACGAAUUUUGGCAACAGAAAAGCGAACACUGUCCAGAAACUCGUAUCCAGAUGGCAAAGUUCUCUCGCCGAGGUAAACAACACGCUGCCAGGGAUGUCGAUCAGCCGGAUGAGCAGAAACGGAAGCGAAGACUCUUCGCUGAAUGUGGUCGUCCGUAUAGUUUGAAUGAACCACGGCUUAGCUUUGAAUUUCGCGACGAACCGGAUCGAUUCGAGCUGGAUUUGCAUCUGUACAAAUAUCUCGACACUUCCCUGGUGGAUGUAGACGCACAGCCUAACUACGUGCGUGUGACGGUGAAAGGUAAGGUGUUUCAACUUGCCCUUAAGCACGACAUCCAGACAGAUCGAUCCACCUGUCAGCGGUCGCAAACUACCGGUCACAUGUUAGUAACAAUGCCAAAACUUCAUCCCGAACGGAUAAUUAAACCUACAACGGGAAAACAAACGGUUUCUGCUCCUGGAGUAAAGACGGUCUCCCGAUCCCGUAACGACACUGAUUUAACUGGAACGGUUAAUAUUAGGAACAUUUGCAACAGCACCAGCAAUACUAAACCGUCCCCAAUAAACGAAGAGGACGAAGUACCGGAUUUAAUUUAAUAUCAUUA